AUGUUGUACGCUUGGCUGCAAAUCACAGAUCAAGAUGGGAAAAAGCAAAGAGAAUUUGAAAAUUUGAGAACGAAGGGAGGGGUGACGGAACAGGAGUUGCCUAACCUGGGCAAAUCAAUCACCAAGCCGUGCCGCAACUCGCCCGGUACAGACACAGCAGAACCCGUACCACGACUGUGUCCCGGCCUAGCUGGGACUGCAUUUGCAGCCGCCGGUUCUGUUGCAAACAACCGAGUGUUCAUCGCAAACCCCGGGUGA